AUGGUAGUGGUCCAAGCUAAUAAGAGGCCGUCGUUAUCCCUGGUGGAUAGUGGGAAGUCUGGAAUUAAUAUAGUGAUGAGUAAUGUCAUGAAUACAGCAGUCACUGAAAGUGACUCGUUAUAUUACGUGUGUUUGAAUAUCAAAAAACGAUUGGAAGUAUUACCUCAAAUACAACCAUAUUUGAAUUUAGCUUAUACUUCAAGCGAAUUAUUGAGUGAAAGACAAUCAUUGUUAUUAUCUCAAAAACAACAACAACAAUUGUUAGAACAACAAUCAUCUCAAUCAGGUAACUCAGUGACGACUAAUAAUGUACAUAGUAAGAAUAAUAGUCAUAGAAGUAUUUCUUCAAGUUAUAGUAAUGAUGGAUUUGGAAUGAUCGGAAGUACAGGGAAUUCAACACCCACAACAAUGAGAUCUAGUUCUAUAUCAAAUAUUAGUUUCAAAGACGAAUUUACAUUGGAUGGUAUAACAUAUAAUUCGAGUAAUGGUCACAAUUCAGUAAGUAUGGAUGAUACUCAAUUGACAUAUAGUAUGGGUAUUUUACCAAUUUCUAUGGAUUGUGAUCCCGUUACCCAAUUAGCGCAAUUGUUUCAACAAGGUUCACCGUUAUGCAUUUUGUUUAAUACAGUAAGACCUCAAUAUAAAUUACCUGUAGUCUCAUCUGAUGAUUUAAAGAUUUGCAAGAAAUCUAUUUACGAUUUCAUUUUAGGCUGUAAGAAACAUUUUGCCUUCAAUGAUGAAGAAUUGUUCACUAUAUCAGAUGUGUUUGCAAAUUCGACCAAUCAAUUAGUGAAAGUAUUGGAAGUGGUCACUACAUUAAUGAACGCAGCUCCUGAAAUUUUCCCAUCCACAGUUAAAGUCCAACAAAUGAUAGACGCAGACUUAGAACAAAACCAUAAAUCAAGGGCAAAAAAAUCUAAAUCUCAUGAAGAAUAUGAUAAAGUUAUUAAAGAAUUUAUUGCUACAGAGAGAAAAUACGUACAUGAUUUAGAAACAUUAGAUACGUAUAAACAGCAACUAUUAGAUAACAAUUUGAUUACUUCGGAGGAACUAUAUAUGUUAUUCCCAAAUCUAACAGAAGUAAUUGAUUUUCAAAGAAGAUUUUUAAUAUCAUUAGAGAUUAAUGCUUUAGUAGAUCCACAAAAACAAAGAAUUGGUGCAUUAUUUAUGCAUUCUAAGUUUUUUUUUAAAUUAUAUGAACCAUGGUCCAUUGGUCAGAACGCCGCUAUAGAUUUCUUGGCAAAUACAUUGGAUAAAAUCCAAGAUUCAGAUUUAGUGAUUAAGAACAAGUUGGAAUUGCAAUCUUUCCUUUAUAAACCUGUACAAAGACUCUGUCGUUAUCCAUUGUUAUUGAAAGAAUUGAUUUCAUGUAAUUCGCAUGAUGAAAAAUCAAACGGUUCAGAUAAUAUCUCGAAAGAAUUGGAAAUUGCAUUAGAUAUAUCAAAAAGAAUUGCAAUGAGUAUAAAUGAAAAUCAAAGACGGACUGAAAAUCAUGAGAUUGUUAAGAAAUUAUAUGGUCGUGUAUCAAACUGGAAAGGUUAUAGAAUUGCUAAGUUUGGCGAAUUGUUAUAUUAUGAUAAAGUGUUUAUCUCUACUAAUAACUCUAGUGAACCAGAACGUGAAUUUGAAGUAUAUUUAUUUGAAAAAAUCAUUAUUUUAUUUUCUGAAAUACAACCAAAGAAAUCAUCUUUGAUAUUAAAGAAGAAACCAACUUCCUCGGGAUCAAGUUUAACUCUGAACUUAACAUCGUCUAAUCAUCAUAACUCCUUUUCUAAUAUAUCAUCGGGAAAUAGUAGCGGUAAUAGUAGUAGCAUAUUUGGUUCUAACACUAGCACAAACAACGCGGAGCCAAAAUUGGAUCUGAGAGGGCGUAUUAUGAUUAUGAAUUUGGAUCAAGUGACUCCACUGGAUUCAAGAUCAUUGAAUAUUACAUGGGAAUCUAUAAAGGAACAAGGUAAUUUCUUACUGAAAUUCAAAAAUGAGGAGACAAGAGAUAAUUGGUGUUCGUGUUUACAAUCUUUAGUACGCAGUGUUAAGAGUGAAUCGUAUAAGAGCAAUCAUAGUGAAAACUCAUUUGUAUCUACAACAAGUUCAAAUAACCCUGGUGAUAGGCCACACAGUGAUAAAAGAAAGGAUAGUAGAGCAUCUAACAGUAGUUUAUCUUUUAAACGUAUGUCCGAUACGUUACCAAAACAAAGGCGUAGAGUAUCUAAUUUUGAUGCAGAACAAAAAAAUAGUAAUAUUCCUGAAAACUUACUUGUGUUAAAAAUCGCAUUCAAUGAUGAAUUUGUUAAUGUAUCGAUUAAUAUUGAUGCCAAGUUUGCCAAUGUUUUGGAUACAAUACAGAAAAAGAUAAAUCACAAUGUAUCGAAAGUUAAAUACCAGGAUGAGGACGGUGACUACAUUGUACUUGCAUCAGACGACGAUUGGAUUGUGGCGAAGGACAUGUUAAGGGAGAAUGGUGAAUAUUCGCUAAAUAUCUGGGCUUAUAGCUAG